AUGGCUGAUAUCAGUAAAUAUAUUCCUAUGGUUGAUGCUAUUUUAAGUGCAUCCAACCCUGAUGAAAUAAGUCCAAAAAGAGUGAGGAAAGCCCUGCAGGUUCUCUUUUCAGUUGAUUUGGAUUCUCAAAGGAAAGCAGUCAAUGAAUUGAUUCUUGAGAGGUUCAGUGAUAUACAAGAAAAUCCAAGAGUUUUGAUCCCAAAGAACGACCUCAUUAACCGAGAUCAAGAACUAGCUUUGAGGUUACAAAAGGAAGGGGAAAGACCUCUGAGGUCGAUGAGAAAAAAGAAAAGUAAAAGUGAAGGUAAACCGAAACGGAAGAAGCGGAAGAAUGAAAGUCCUGAUUCUAACAGCAUUUCCGUCCGUAAAGUCCUUUUGUCAACCCCUUUACAAGAGUUUCUCGGAUCUGAAGAAUUGCCACGAACACAAGUCGUGAAGAUGAUAUGGCAAUAUAUCAAGGAGCACAAUCUUCAAAACCCAAACGAUCGUAGAGAAAUUCUAUGCGAUGAGAAGAUGGAACCAAUUUUUGGUAAAAAAAUGACAAUGUUCUCAAUGAAUAAACUCUUAACGAAGCACUUGUUUAAUCCUGAUGAAAUUGUGAAGAAUGAAGAGGAGCAAAAACAAAUACCCAAAAAAGAAGUCAAAUCGGAAGAUGAAUCUUUUCCUAUUUCAAGCGGCUGA